CAAAUCAAGAUGGCGGCGCCCAGUACACAAGAAGAUGAAAACCUCGAAGUUUUUAUUUAUGACCGCAGAACUGAUGCUGCUCCAGAGGUUAAACUAUCAUUAUCAGGGGUCCUGACCUUUAAAGAUUUUAAAGCAAGAGUUAAAGAGGUCUUGAAUUUGGAUACAGAUGAUUUUAUUAUUGCAACAACCAGCAGAGAAGAGAUAAAAAAUGAUGAUACUUUUGAGUACAUUGAAAGGGGAGAUACUCUGUAUAUUCUCAAUGAGAUUAAUCAAGAGUUGUGUGCUCCUGCUCAUGAAAGGGUUGACUACCUUCCACAUUAUGAUACCAUUGUUAAGGGUGGUAUGUACGAAUACUAUGCAUCUGAAGGACAAAAUCCUUUACCUUUUGCUUUUGCUGAACUUAUUGACAAUUCACUUGCCGCUACAGCUUUUAAUGAUGGCUCUCGAAAAAUUGAACUGCGAUUGUAUGUAGAUGAUGCAUCUGUAAAAAACUGUGUUGUGGUUAUCGACAAUGGUAAAGGCAUGACCCCCAGGCAACUAAACAACUGGGCCAUCUACAGGUUGUCUAAGUUUACAAGAAGAGACAAACGUGGAAAAGGAAAAAAGCCGGGUAAAGGAGGUGACAUUGAUCUGACGAGUAGAAAUCCUGAUGACUCUCUGAAUCUGGCAGGUACAUGGGCACCAAGGUUUAUGAACAGUGACAUUUCCUACUUUGGUGUGGGUGGGAAACAGGCUGUUUUCUUUAUUGGCAAUGCAACAAGGAUGAUCAGUAAACCAAAGGAUUCAACAGAUGUCCAUGAGAUGGUCAUAUCAAAAGAAGAGUUUGAAAAGAGGGAGAAGAAUAACCAGUCCAUCUAUUCAGGAUUUAUUAGAAACAGAAAGCCUGGAGACUCUUCACACAUAGCACCAGAUGAUGAAAACCUUAUCAAGCUGAUCUCAGAGGAACCAGGCAGGGAAAGCUUUACGGCUGUUGUCAUACAAGGGGUCUCCACACAACAUAUUGCCUAUUUAAAGCAAAACUUUAAUAUGUGGACCAGACAAUUGGCGCACAUCUAUCACUUUUACCUUCAUGGACCAGAUGGUAACAAGCUUACAGAUGGAGUCAAUGAUAAAAAAGAGUUUGAUCCCUUUAACAACAUUGAUAUUCAGGUGAAUGUAUUCACACGAGGCAGCACGAGUCCAAAGUCAAUUGACCUCCGAAAGAUUGAUGACGACAUGCAGUCUCAGUAUGUGCGAACAUCAGCCAGCACGUUUGACUUCAAGGCUUACGUUGACGGCUCCACUGCUGUGGAGGGGGUUAUCCGCUACCACCCAUUUAAAUAUGACAGAGAAACAUACCCAGCUGAUAUCUAUGGCAUCAGAUUGGAAGCAGAGCCUGAAGAUGACCAUGGAUAUGCUAUCAACGAAAGGCCAGCUAGAGGUAGACGACCAAUGUUUGAAGCUUACUGGAAUGGCCGUCUUAUUCCUUAUACUUUGAUUGAAGAAUUUGACUGGUGCUCAUCACCAAAAAAGCAGAAAACAGUUCCUUCAGAGUGUUAUAACAGAAUCUCAGGGGUUUUAUGGACCAAUGAUAGCUUUCAAGUCAGUACCAACAAAUUAACUUUCCUUGACUUGGAGAUGAAAUUGAAGGAUAAAAAUACAAACUUCGUCAGAAUAUUUAAUGGUCAUGAAAAGAGAACCAACAUAGAGAAAGAGUUUUUGUCCUGGCUAAGAGAAUGUAAUGAAGAAUACGACAAACAGAUUUUAUUCUCUGGCAACCAGGGGCAGAUAGCAAGGGUAGACCUGCCCAAACAAAAACAGAUACCUUGGACUAAGUUUACUCAGGUGGAGUGGGAUGGAAAAGUGUAUCAGACUGGACAAAUGGUUCGAAUCUUGCGGACUGCUCCUGCACUUUAUGGAACAAUCCAGUCUUUUUACCUGUAUGGUGAAUAUGAGGGAGACGUCUAUGCAAUGGGUGGAGACAUUGAACUUUUACAGGAGCCUCAGUCACUAUAUACAGAGCGUAAAUUUGUUCCCUUAAAUAAACUUGACAGAGGAACAUCAGCAUUGCAGAUUAAGAAGUACAUAGAUGAGGAAGAAGCGAAGUUACCAGAUCAUCUUAUUGUGUCCUGGCCAAAUGGAAUGGAAAUUGUUCCAAAUGAGAAAAGAAAUGCAGGCAAAACAAUAGGUGACAUCAAGGUAGAAAUUAGCAACAAGAAGGGGGAGAAAAUCUCAAAAAUCCCAGUCUCCGCUGGAACUAAGAAAUUACUAGUUGAACUAAAGCUCAUAUGGCACGCUCCACAUGGAGAUGAGGUUAUUGUAGCUUUACUAUCACAACAUGGCAAAACAUGGCCGUAUUGGUUUCGUAAGAUGGACAGUGCCAAGAACCUUGGCAACUACACGCUACAGUUGAACACAGUUCUUAAUGAAUCUGGGAACGUUAUGUUUGCAGGGAGGGAGCUACCGUCUCAUAUAAUUAAAUUUACAGUGUGUGAAGGGGACCCAGAAAAGUUUACCGUUGGUAUCCUUGAUGGUCCGUUUAAGGUUGGCGUACCCUUCCAAAUACCUCUGGAGUUUCAGGAUCGCUACAAUAACUCGACCAGACCCCCGGCAAAACUCAAGCCUAUUCUUGAUGCUGAUGGUUUAGAACUUAGCUACGAAAACACCCAAGUUAAGGGAAACAGCUGUUUCAUAAAGGGUGUAGUUGCUAAAGGCAUUGUAAACAGCAGUGCCGGAAAGAACUUCAAUUUGAAAGUGUCCAUACCAGGUCUAGACCAGUCACAUACUUUAAAGAUACGACUUUUGCCAGGUCCAGUGGCGAGUCUUGUAGUCAAACCCGAAACAGAGGUCACAAUAGAGAAUGGUUCAGCCCCAACAUUUUUUGUUGAAGUUCUGGAUGCUGCAGGCAACAUCACCUCAGGAGGAAAAAUCUUUGUCAUAGCCAAGCUGACAGGGGCGAAUAAUCUACCAAACCUUAUUGCAGACUGUUCAGCCAAUGGGACAGCAACCCUAACUGGCAGACCAGUUCUCAUCAAAAACAUGACAGGAGAGAAAUUAAUUAAAGCAGAGUUUGAUGUCCAGGGUGUGAGAAACAUGCAGCCCAUAGAACGUACUAUUAGAGUGCUGCCUAGCAACCGUGCCUCACUGAUAAAAAUGUUCCACAAAGUGAAUGGCACUGACAAGGAAAUUAAAAAUGGGGACACUCUUCAGCUAGAGGCUGGGUCAAUCUUAGAUACAUUACGUUUUGAAAUUUACAAUGAGGCAGAAGAAGAAAUAGAAAUAGAUGAUAAAGUAGCUGGAAAAAUUAAGGUGAACUGGGCCCCUAGGUUAACUAAAGAUAUGAUCCAAGGAAAAACACUUCCACCCCUAAAAGCAUCAACAUCUACCUUAGAAACAAAAUACUGCCAGAUAAGUCUAAUGGAAGGGGAUGGCAUUGAGCUGCAGUUUAGCAUCAAGUCAACCCCUGGACCAGCCCAUCAGAUGGACUGUCAGCUCAUUGGGGAGACUAUCACAAUGUUAAACCAGCCUCUCAAUGGCAGCAUUCAUAUCAGUCUAAAGGACAAGUUUGGCAACCCAGUAGCUGCACUUGCUUCGAUGAGAAAGAAUCUUGUUGUUAGUGGCUCCUCUUUAAAGACAGACCUGAUCAAAGUUACAGUUGUGAGUCAACAGUUGGAGGUCCACAACCUGGUCUUCACCUCCAUGGGAUCUCAAGAGGUGGAGCUGGCAUGGAACAGCCUCAAGGGUUACGUCAGGUGUGAGGUUUUGUCUGGUCCACCAACACAGCUCCAGGUCUUGGACUGGGUUCUAGAGGAGCCUUACUUGAUCCACAGUGGUAAACCAAUGGACCAGCCAUUCCGAGUGCAGAUUUUAGACUCUGAAAAGAAUGUUUGCAAAUUAAGCAAUAUCAGAGUUAACCUUGUCAAAGACCAAAAGUUGAAGGUUCAACCUGCUACAUCAUUUGUUAAAACAGAUGAGUCUGGUGUGGCAAACUUUGGUGUGUUGACUUUCACAGCCAACAGUGGAAGUUAUGAAAUUCAGCCAAAUGCUACAAUAGACAAAACUACCAUCACCGGGCCAAAGUUAACUGUCAACGUUCAACCAGACCCCCUGAAGCCCACACAGAUUGAUGUCUCGUACAACGCUAAAGUUCCGGUCAUUGCUGGACAUACGUUCCCAGAUUUCAUAAUCACUGUAAAGUCAGAGGAUGGAGGCCUGCUGAGGACCGCCAGUGCUGACCAAAUCACCAUGAGGCUGUUAAGGAAGGAAGUCAACAGCACAGGUCCCUCACCUGCUAAGACAGAAAUCCUCCAAGUACAGAAUGGAACUAAAGAAGACACAGGAACUUUCAGCUUUAAAAAAUGUCAAGUCCCUGAAGUAACGGGUGACUACAUCAUUACAUUUACAUUCUAUGAUGGAAUAUAUGAACUCAUAAGUAAAGCUAUUAACAUGACAGUGACACCUGGAUCACCUGCCUCCCUCAUACCCCUGGACAGACGCACAACACCUACAGUGUCCAAUACCAAGAGCUUGGCCAGCAGAACGUUAGUUAAAUCACUGCGUCUAGAGCUCAGGGAUGAGUAUGACAACCCGCUGGGCAAAGACUACAAUGGGAAAGUUUUGGUAGAGAUCUCCGCCCCAAGUAAAGUGGAUGAAGUACCUGUGUUUGCUACUGGUCAGUUGGUCAUUGAGUUCCCACUGCUGAACGGACAGUGUACACUGCAGAACUUGACCCUCCAAGAAAACACUUCUGGCAAAGAUGGAUUUGAGUACCACCUACAUUGUACAGUUGUUUGUGAUAUGAUACCCAAAAAUAAACCUCUUCCUCCAUUAGACAUUCCUUUCUUGUUUUACAAUGAUGCCAAGAAGCAGCAACAGAUGGCAGCACUGUCCAAAGAAAGAGAUAACCUACAGAACACAAUCAGGGCAUACAAAUCCAUGUUUGAGACCCAGCAGCAACUUAUUGCAGAACUUCGGGAUGUUGUACAUGAAACACAGAAAGAAGAGCAGACACUGAGGGGAGAUUUGAGAAAACAAAACAUCCCCAGCAACCAACUGCAGUCUGUGGAGACUGUUGACAAAUUAAUUUCUGCAAGAAUCAAAGAAAGAGAACAAGUGUUGAAAGCACCAAGAAGAACAUGUGCAUUGUUACAUGCUGACAGUGAUGGUGAUGUUCUGGGAAAGAUUGCUCAUUUGGCUUUAGUACACCAGGAUGACAUUGCUAGAGUUUUGUCAUGGCACAUGUCAGCUGACAUGGAUUGUGUCGUCACACUGACGACGCAAAAGGCCAAAGAAAUUUACCAAAGAACUCAAGGGAAGCAACAAGUUCUACCCUUGGAUUCUAUUUAUAGAAAAAAUUUGCCUGAAUGGGACAAACCCCUGCCCCAUGUCAGGUACAACUCUAGCUAUAGACCAGCAGGGAACCCAAUCUAUGCCAGAAAUUUGCUGGAGUUUACAAAAGAUGAAGAAAGUUGUAAAGUUGUGUUUGGCAUGCUGCUGGGUGAUACCCUCAUCCUGGACAACCUUGACCACGCCAACUUGUACAGACAAGAAAUAAUAAAAUACACACACUGUCCCACCAUCUUAACCAUCAGUGGAGACCGUAUCCGCAGCAAUGGUAAAUUUGGGGGUGCCAUGAACAAAGCCCCACCCAUGGACAAGUUAAAAGGCAGUGUGUUUGGUCAGCCUCUGCCCAUAGCUUAUCAUGCUCUCUGUACACAAAUUGAAACUCUCGAGAAAUACAAAAAUGCCCUGCUGACCAGCAUUCAGUCACAAGAUGAACUCCAGGAGCAGAUCAACCUGCAGAAAGUUCCAGAAACAAUGGAGAAGUACCGAGAGUGUAAGGAGGCGGAGACUAGGCUCAAGGAGGUGGAAAGGAAGUUGGGUAUGGGAAGUCCAACCAAGGGAGGUAAGCAACCUGCCAGAUCCCAGGCUGAGACAGAGCCAGCUCUGAAGAAACCAAAGCUAGAGCCAGGCACAUCAACCAGUCGGCUCCCCAUGGCCACAUCAUCACCCAGGUCCAGAAAUGGACCCUCACCAACCAUUCCAGAUCCCUCCACCACCCCCUCCAGAACCAGCUCACGGAUUGCUUCUAUGACAACUGUGGUCUCUGAAGACGGCAGGAAAAGGCUGAAAAAAUCUGUGUAA